AUGGCGAACGGACAUUCUCUUUCCCAAACGUCUGCCUCGGGUAAUACUGAGAUCCCGUCUUCCUCCGGAGCCUCUCAGGUUCCGAACACGGCGGCUGAGCAGUUUCCACCACCGCCUCCACCACCAUCUUCACCACCGGCACCCGAACCCCGCCCUCCGCAUCCGUAUGCUCGAUAUACGGUGGAGGACUUAUUAGUCCUACCAGGACAGGGGGUUUACGACGUCUGGUCCCUCGGAAAAGCGGAAUUUGUAGGGCUUUGGUUCAUCCUUAGCCUGGUCUUGAACACUUUUGUUGAUGUCUUAAUAGAUGAUAUACAAAAACAAGGUGAGAAUGAUGCGCUUGUGACGGAAGGUUUUUCUAGUUGGAACAAAUCUGAAAGAUUAGCUAUUCACGUGUGUUCUAUGAAUAGCUUUCACAAUAUUGCUGUUAAGAAGUGUGAUUUUCUGAUGAAGCAAAAUUUAUCUUUCCGUGCUCAUGAUGAGUCAGUAAAGUCUGAUAAUACAGGGAAUUUCAAACAACUCUUGAAAUACACAGAAGAACAGAACGAGGUUGUAAUUGUGAAAUCUAUUAUAGAAGAAAUUGAUCAUGGUGUUUUUGGUCUAUUGGUGGAUGAAUCUGUUGAUGUUUCACACAAGGAACAAAUGGCUGUUGUUUUUCAGUUUGUCGAUUAGAUAGGAACAAUCAAAUAAAGAUUUAUCGGUGUUGUUCAUGUAAGAGAUACAUCUUCUCUAUCACUCAAGCAUGCUAUAGAUGAUUUCUUUGCUAAGUAUGGAUUGAGCUUGCAAAAUAUAAGAGGCCAAGGUUAUGAUGGAGCGAUGUUGAAUGGAGCUUCGUGCAAACGACAAGAUAAGUUUCAAGAAAUAUACCGAGAAGAAAUUGAAAAAAAAAUCAAUGAUAGUGAAAUUAGCACAGGGAAAGGGAAGAAUCAAGAUUGUUUUCUUCCAAGGCUAGCAGUGACUCGUUGGGUUCUCAUCAUAAAACAUUGUUGCGCUUGGUCGUCAAUAGUUACUAAGGUGCUUGAAUUUAUUCAAACCGAAGGCAUUGAAGAUUCGAAGAAACGUCAAGCAUAUGGUCUUGCUAUUUACUUGCACACAUAUGAUUGUGUGUUCUAUAUGCAUUUAAUGUUGCAUAUCUUGGGGCUAACUGAGAAUUUAUCCAUGGCUUUGCAAACAAUAGAUCAAGACAUUCUCAAUGCUGUUUCGUUAGUCGAAUCUACGAAGCGAGAACUACAGAAGUUAAGAGAUGAUGGAUGGGACUCACUGAUGGUUACGCUUCAAGAGUUCAAUGAUUGUAUUACGGAAGUAAACACUCAACUCCUUAUUUGCAUGGCUUCUUUAAGUCCCACAAGUUCGUUCAAGCAGCUUGAUAAAGAUAAGUUGAUGAAGUUAGUUGAGUUCUAUCCAGAUGAUUUUACUUCUGAUGAGCGUUUUUCUCUUGAGCAGCAAUUUGACAUCUACAUUGAUAAUACUAUUGAAGUUGGCAUUGACUUUACCAGUGGCUACAGCAACAGUUGA